AUGCCAAAGUUUACGAAAUCCGGCCCAAACGGAAAUGCUCGAAUCAGCCCCUCUCAUUUAAAUGCGCUCCCACGCCUAACCCAGCCUCCACCGGUAUCGCCAACUUCACCAGGAGGGCAAGAAAGGUACGAAGUGGUGAUCGUGGGAUCUGGCCCAGCCGGAAUCCUCUCCUCGGUUCUCUUAGCCCGCUACGGAAUAACAAGUCGCCUAACCGUUGACGACAAGCACUCCCAAACAGAACUCGGCCAGGCAGAUGGCCUCCAGCCACGCACCCUAGAGAUCCUCCAGUCCCUCGACCUUGCUCACGAGAUCCUCACCCAGGGCUGCCAAUUCCAUGAAGUGAGCUUUUGGAACCCCGGCCCGGAGAAUAAAGGCAUCGUUAGAACAAAUCGGGUGCCGAAUAUUUCGGUGCCGGCGAGGUUCCUCCAUGAGGUCACGAUACAUCAAGGGAGGAUCGAGAGAAUUCUGAACGAGGACUUAGAGAGGAAUGGUGGGAGGGUGGAGAGGGGUUGGAGAGUUACUGGGUUUGAGAUUGACACGCCGGUGGAGGAGGAAGGAUUUCCAGUUGUUGUUAGGAUGGUAAAGACCGGGGAGGAGUGGAAAGGAGAGGAGAGGGUAGUUAGGUGUAAGUAUUUACUCGGAGCAGAUGGAGCUAGGAGUGUGGUCAGGCAGGGUAUGGGGUUAAGACUCGAGGGGGAUCAUACGGAUCAUGUCUGGGGCGUCAUGGAUACCGUCGUAAAAACAAAUUUUCCGGAUAUUAGGAGGAAAUCCGCCAUCCACUCCGCGGUAGGGUCGGUAAUAGUCAUCCCCCGAGAACGCAUCUCCCCAACGCAAGCAAUUACGAGAAUCUACUGCCAGAUGGAAGGCGAAGUGGAGAAAGACCCUAAUCUCGACAACCAAAUCCAAUCGCAGACCAAGAGAGUACUCUCUCCUUAUAGUAUUGAAUUUGGAGAGGUAGAUUGGUGGGCAACCUACCAAAUUGGUCAACGUGUCUCCCCACGGUUUUCCCAACCAGAUAGCCGCGGCACUCUCCGCGUGCACAUUGCCGGCGAUGCCUGCCACACGCACAGCCCGAAAUCCGGCCAGGGGAUGAACGUCUCCAUGAUGGACGCGUACAAUUUCUCUUGGAAAGUAGCUCAUGUGCUCAACGGGCUCGUACCGCCAGACUCUGAUUUGUUAGCCACCUACCAGCACGAGCGGCUGGACAUCGCUCAGCAGCUAAUCGGCUUUGACCGCGAAUUUUCUAAAAUGUUCUCUGGACGGAUCGGUGGCGAUCAUGGACUUAGUCAUGAGCAGUUUCAGGGAGUGUAUGUGAAAAUGUGCGGGUUCACUAGUGGCUGUGGGAUUGAGUAUCGGGAGGGGAUGCUUGUGAAGGGCGGCCGUGAACCGCUCAAGGAACGGGGAAAUGAAGAUGAGUAUUUGGCGCCAGGGAGGCGGGUGGUUAAUGCUAAAGUAUUGCGGUUUUGUGAUGGAAACCCUAGGGAUAUUCAAGAUGAAGACCUCCCAUCAACAGCCCGCUACAGAAUCUUAACCCUCCUCCCCACCUCAUUUAAGCACUUUCCCCACAAAUAUGCCGAGCUCCUCACCAUCUUAACCUCCAGAAUACCUUUAACAUUCCCACCAUCCAUAGUCGAGGUGCCUAUUUUCUUCCCCGGUGAGCGAGGGAGUCUAGAAUGGACUGACUUCCCGCCGAGUGUACGGGAGAAAUCAGAGUGGCUGGUUUUUGGAGAUGAGUUUGGGGAGGUGUAUGCUGCCUGGGGAGUCGAUGAGGAGGUUGGGGCAUUGGCGGUCGUGAGGCCUGAUGGGUACGUUGGGGCUGUGGCAGCGUUAAGUGAGGUCGUAGUGGUUGAGAACUGGUUGGGGAAAGUGUUGGUCAAGGGGCAGACCCUUGGUGGAACAAUGCUUUCGUCUAAGUUGUGA